UACUUGUAAGAAAAUGUAGAUUUUACAACCCAGGAGUUUUAUACAUAUGAAUGCUACACACAAUAAAAGAUAAAUGUAAUGUUACUAUUUAACGUAUAUCUAAUGUGAAAGAUUACGCGCGAUUGUUAAAAAAUAUCCUUGAUUGGAUCAGGACCCAUGUACUGUAAUACUGAGAGUAGUACUACUACUUCCUCUACUACGCAGUAUUUUCAUGUACUGCGCUGCCUUUGUCUUCAGUCAUUGUGUUUAUAGAUAAUUACUGAAGGCACCAUUAACAGUCAGAUUGUUUUCUCUGUCAUGCCGCCAAAGAGAGACUCUGGAACAAAUCCAAUACAACCACAAGUGAAGAUGAUCAAGAUCGGAGACGUUUCAGAUGCGCAUGGGUUUCACUGUGGGUCAGUGGAGGAUAAAUAUAGGGUGGCAGUUGAUUCCAGCCACUCACCGCUUCCCAACAAUGAGCCUGAAAUGAUUGACUUUGAUGAAGAAAAUCUUGCAAGUCCAGGCCUCAGGACAGACACCAUCAGCCUUCUCAUGAAAAUAGAGCAACUUCAGGCACAACUAAAAUAUGAACGCAGAUGUAGAAUUUUGGCAGAGAGGGAACUAAGGGAACUCAAAGAGAUGAACACCCUCAUGAUGCAGAUGAGGCACACAGCCCAUGAACUACGAGUCACUCUAGACCAUGUACUCCAUGGAGGUGAGGCAGCAGUUGUGUCACAAAACCCAGAAGAAAGCAUCACUUUCCUGACUGAACCGGAGAUGCAGUUGAGAACAGUUCAUGAUGUAGCAGAGGAUGAUCAUAGUUUCCUGUAUCUAUCUGAGAAUCUUCGAGUACCAAAAAAUCUCUAUGAGCGGGUGGCAGAAAUUUCAGACUACAAGAAGUAUGUUUCUGCAUUGCUAAUGAUACUUUUCGACAGAGACACUUUGGGCACACACUGUUUGCAGGGUCGGAAAAACAGCUUCACUGGAGAGGAUUGCCACAAGCCUCCACUCCCACCUGAGAUUUUGAAAAGCCUAAUGGAUCAUGUUGCAGACAAGUUUGGUGUCGAAAGCAACCAAAUAAAAACUGCAAUCCGCACAAAGUUGAACAAUGAGGACAAGCUAUUGAAGAAGAGACUGGGCUUGGGUAAAACUGAAAACAGAGCAAUAGCUGAGCAGACCUUUUACCAAGAUGCUUCCCUCCUGCCUGAAAGUGAUGCGAUGGAAAACGACUCUUAGUUCUAGCAGUGCUGUUGUAUUUUUCGUGACAAGAUGUGAAAGGUUGCCUUUUUUUUAAUAGAUGGAGUUUCUUCUGCAUUAAAACCAGCUGCUUUAAGUCAGUUGUUUUUUCAACACUGUGUGGAACUCGGUUUUUGUUUUUCUACUUUGACAGCUUGUUGUCGACUGUUUGUUAGAAACGUGUGACUAAAGCUAGGCCUUCAGUAAGACUAUAAAACAUCACAUCAUUAUCAUUACUAAACACAAGUGUUCUUAUUACAUUCGCCUUACUGUAAGUGGUUGUGGCUAAAUAAUAGGUCUGUCCAGUCAUUUUUUUCAUGCAUUUAUGGUUCCAUUUAGAUGGACUUCAUGUGUACAAGUAGGUUUGGAAAUUCUACUGUUGAUCACAAACUUUAAACUUAAACUUUAAAACAAAUGAUACUGUAUUUCUAGAUAGCUUAGUUGCAGUUUUACAAUAUGUUGUGAUAAAUAUUUCUUCCAAUUGAUUUGUUUUUAAUGUCUUUGUUGUACUUCAUUACGUAAGAGAUAAUAAACUUUUGGAACUGA